GUCUAUUUAUAAGCGUAUUGGGAAAACCACUGACCUAGUGACCGCAGAUAUAUGGGCGAAAGAUACCUGUGUUGCAGCAAUUGAGAAGUCGAGGGAACGUGGACGAGGAGUGAUUUAAGGAUUGGAGGCACAAAAAACAACCGUUAAAGGUUGUCAUGGCUGCUGCAGUUCUAGCUCCAGUGGCCAUAAAAAUAGGUCUUGGCGCGGGGGCCGGGGCUGGUGCCGGAGUUGGGCUCGGCGCUGGGGCCGGCCUAGCGGCGGCGGGAUCAGCAGGCGCUGGAGCCGCGGCCGCCUCAGCAGGGGCAGCGGCGGUCGGUGUCAAGGUAGCGGCCGUUGGGGCGGGUGUUGCCAAGGCUGCGGCCGUCGGUACAGCCGGAAAGGCUGCUGCGAUUGGCGCCGGAGCAAUUCUCGGCCCGAUUGCAAUAGGGGUUGCAAUUGGUGGCAUAGGGAUUUCAUUAAUAUUUAUAGCAGCAAACUCUUCGAAAUCUUCGUCGAAUGGAGGCAACACCGGCGGGAAAACUUCCAAUAGCCACGCAAACAAAUCCGACCACAAGAGCAAAACCAACACCGCCAACAGCAACGAAACCCCCUCGUCGGUGACAGGUGGUGGCGGAGGUGGAGACGAUCCAAGGAGACGAAAGAACAUUCCUUAUCUUUGCCAACAAAACAACAGCUGGUAUGACGAUAUGGUUGAAGACUGGGAAACGAAGGCUCUCGGUCCCACCAACCGCCGCUACUACCUUUACAAGGGGAAGUGGUACUCCCCGGAUAAUGAUGGCCACGCCGGUUCCGCCGCCAAAAUGUACGAACCCACCGGACACGACCAAACCCGUCCCAAAACGCUGAAGUUCCAAGGGUCCGUGGACAGGAACGGGAAGUUGAUCCCUAAACACGAGUCUAACUGGAGCAAGGGCCAGAAAGGGGAUAUAAAUGGCCGAGACCUCCAUGGUUACAAGGACAGGAGCUAUAAAUCUAGAUGAAAACAGACGCAGCCUGGAAAGUGCUCCAAGCUAACAGUCGUUUAAAUUGUAUCCAGAGCCUUUAGUGAACUUAUUUUCUGUUUGUGGGAAAAUAUAGGAGCCGCUUACUACUAUUGUGAAAAUGGAAAGCAUGGUAGAUGACAGUAUUUUUUAAUAUUUUUAAUCCAAAAAAUAUAUUGCGAACCGGCGAGCUCGGGCGAAUAUAAAAUGUAUUGUUUGACCAGAUAAACUUUGAAAACAUUCGUACGCAUUUUAAAAUGUUAAAGCAGAAGCUACAAACUCGUAUUUGCUAUAUAUUAAAGGGACUGUCUCACAGAUUUGCAGCAAAAAAAAGUUUUUUUUCUGUAACAUAUCUCAGGACAAUUAUCAAAUAGUGGGUGUUACGCUUUGACCUCAAAAUUGCAAAAAAGUACCAAUCACGCAUAAGGAAUUAAUUCUACCCGGUAGACAUACCCAUUAAAACAAAAAAUGGAAAAAUACCAAAUAACUGCUAAACUUAAAUAAAUUGUAAACUAUGUAGUACUUCAAUAAUUAAGUUUCAAUGCAUUAAACACAUCGAUGCCAAGUUUAUGUCAUUUUUCGACAAUUUUAUUUUUCUCGCUAUUUUUUCAUCUGUGAGACAGUCCCUUUAACUUGUUGUCAUAUUUAAUUUGCCUGUACACAUUCAUAUGGUGCUAUCCGUCGUAACGUUAUAGUAGUAUUUGUUUUUUGUACACGUACAAGCAGCUUAUUAAAAUCGUGAAACAACG